AUGAAAAUUCUUCAGUGUAACCUCGACAGAUCCAAACACUCUCUUAAAGAGUUUUCCACAUAUUUCAUUAAUAGCGAACACAACGUAGCCUUAGUGUCUGAGCCGUAUACGAGUAAGGGUAUCGAGGUCGGGGCCGUUAGGGCGCUGGCGCGCUCUCCCUCAUUCACGAUCUCUUGUCCGACUAAGUCCAGGCGGGAGGUCGUUGAGGCCUUCAAAAAGAGCAUCUCUUUCAGAGAUUGCACCUAUGCUCCAGCGAGGGUCCCACCGGUCUCCAACAAUAAAAUCAGGGUGGAGUUUGACACCCAGGCGCAUGACGACGCCCUUAUCAAACUUCGCAGUAAACCAGACGCGCCAGUGACAGCCGAACUAGCAAGGAAGCUCAAACCUAUGAUCUUGCUGAAGAGAAUCAGCUCCGACAUGGCUCCGAAAGAUCUGGUGAGUACCCUCCUAUGCCAAAACCCGCAACUUCACACAUACAGUGACACUGACAUCACCUUCCGCUUCAAAAGAGGCAACAAUAGAAGCACCCACCUCUACAAAGCCGUCCUUGUGGCUAAUCCAGCCACCUGGAAAAUAAUAGUCGACAUGGGGAGAGUCUGCCUGGACUUCCAGAAGGUACACGCAGAGGACUUCUCCCCAUUCUUAGAGUACCAGAAGUGCCUUAACUUCGGGCACGUGAAAAAACACUGCCGGACUGAAGCCACACGAUGCUCUCAUUGCGCAUCAGACACCCACCUACAAGACCAAUGCCCAACCACCUAA